UUGGUUGCCAACCGCCAUUUAAAAACCACUGAAGAAGUGUAAACGGAAGUGUACAGUGACCAAGACAAAUUUCCACGUUGGCGUUUAUAUUGUUAUUUAGACAUGUAUUACACCAUGGAACUCAGAAUAUGAGUAAUUUAACUGCAGAGUUUCAUAAACUUAUCCCUGGUAGUCUUUAAUUCGCGUUGUAGACGGGACUUGGUUGAUCAGAUCUGUUAUCUAGGUAACGCUAACGAUCUAGCUGCUAAUGUUAGCUAACAAUGGAUAACUGUAUGGUUUUUCACACUAAAAUAGCCUCCAUUAUGGAGGUGCUAGCGAAUGCAGCAGUGGCAGAGGUCUGUAAACUGGUAGACGAUGACUAUGCAGUGUUUCGUUUGGAAAUAACUCAAAGCCAGAAAGAAAACAGUGCAUUGCGAAGGAAAGUACAGCUACUGGAACUGAAGAUGGUACGGGAGCGCGUCCUCGCCAGUCGUCCCAGUAGUGUCAAAAUCCUUGACCGAUACAGAGGAAUGGCAAGAGGUGAAGGACAUCUUACUGGAGGCCACAGGAGCUUUGUGAAGCCAGCGGGACACAAUACAUGGAGAGAUGACCAUCCAAUCACUGUUGAUGAGGGGAGUGGAACCUCAACCAAGAACGUUAUCGUGAUAGAGUCUGCCGAUACAGAGGCUGCAGGUUCUGGGGUCAAGCUGGAGAGAUCUGAAGGAGAUGAGGACCCACUGCACAGCAGAGACAUCCAGACUGGAGCAGCGCAUGGAGUGGCGCUACCUGUAGCCACCGAGGACCUCACCACCACUGCUGCGCCCCAGGCCAAGACCCGAUGCAGUAUCACGGAGUCUGCAGUCCAUGAGGACCUGCUGAUAUCCGGUGUUGCUGGCGGGAGAGACUUGACCUCUGAAGCGGAAGCGGCUGGUUACAAAACCUGACCCCGGAUCAGGACCCUGGAUCAGAAACCGUCCCUCUUCCUUCCUAAGUCAGAGCCAGGACCGAACCACGAGGGACAGAGACUCCACCAGCACACAGACCACAACCAGUGGACAGGUAGACUGAACAACCUCAGUCCUGGUGGUCAUCAGAGAGACCGUGGACCCACCCUGGGCUUCAGCCUUUGCAGAGAGUGGUGGGAGUCUAUCAGCAAGUCUGUCUUCUCUGUCAGGGUCUUGUUUAAUGCCUGGUGACUGGGUUCAUAGAAAGCCUGAAGCUGGACCUAUGUCUGGCCUUCCUUAGUUACCUCAUGGUUACCCCACCAAUACAGACAUGGUCAGAUUGCACGUUCACCAGAAGAGGUACAUAGCCUAUUACACAGCACACAAUCCAAACAACACCCAGUCAAGGAGGGAGCUCAAAGACUAACCACCUGAACCACCUCUGGUGUUAUUGGGUCACAACAUGGGAGGCCGAGCAUUAGGACAGACGCCGACAAGCCGUACGCCUGCCCCGUAUGUGGUAAGCGCUUCGCUUAGGCGAAGUAUGUGAAGGACCACCAGAAUGUUCACACCAAGGAGAGACCCUUCAAUUGUCAGCUGUGAUAAGGCGUCCGCAUGCUUCCCAGCCAAAACAGUUUGGAAGAGUUUGUGCAUAUGUUAUGAGGCAAGCCGAAAUUCGGAGCUGAUGUCUACGCCCCUUCGUCGGUGACUGGUCAACAGUAGAGAUUCUUCAUUAAAGUCUUUGUUGUCAUUCAACAAGAGACGACUAGUUGUCAUGCACAAUUUUUCAUUGACAUAUACAGCACCAAACAUCUUAGUUAGCUGUGAAAUUUGUGCAACUAAGAUCUCCUCGGCAAAGGCAUCCAAUUUAAUGACAACUCAAGAAAUCUAUUUUAGAUUAACUGACUAUUUUGAGGAAGUGUGUACUGGCUACGGCGUCUCAAAAUGGACUAACAGUACUAUUGCCUUUUUUUUCUCAUUUUUCAAGCGAAGGUCUUAAGGGAGUAUGCGAGCACACUUGUUCAGUUAGGCAUGAACUGAAGAAUGCUGAUGCCUUUACAAGAGGUUGUCCUUCGGAAGUAACCUUAUCUGACACAGGAGUGUCCACCAUGGGGAGAAAUCAUAGCAGUGUGGCUUGAGAUGUACACAGGGGAUAUGUGGGAACCAUUCUUUAUCUGACAUAUUUUAGUUAUCAUGUGAAGUGUCUUGGGGUAAGAGGGUAAUUAACCACAUGCCCCUCAUUAACCCUUUGUUAACUUAUCAUUUGAAAUGGACUUGGGUAAAUACCAGUUUUUAGAUGGACAGUAAAUCUAGGCUAGAACAAGGACAUUUACCUUACUGAGGUGAUGUAGAUGGAAUAAAGCAAUAUUAUUUUCUACUCUGUUCUUGCUAACACUGUUCUUUCUAAAGAAGUGUGCUCUCAGCUUGAAAGAUACUGAUCAUAGGACAUUUGAUGUAAUAAACGGUACCGUAUUUCAAAUUA